UCUCAACUUCACAUUUUCUGUCUUUCUGUGUAGGGGCAUCACCAUUCCAGAGCAUGCCAUUCCUGCCUCAGGGUUAUGCUGUCCACAGCCAUUUCACCACCCAGCCAGGAUUCAUCCCUAGUGCUAGUAUCUCCCUUCAGAAACAGCUUGAACAUGCUAAUCAGCGGUCUGGCUUUACUGACUCGGCUGCCCUUAGACCCAUACAUCCACAGGCUUUGCAUGAGAGUACAACUGGUCUGAUGCCCACUCCAUCCAUGGUUAUCCAGAUCCCUGCUGCCAAGGCUUCAUUCCAGAAUUCUUCUCAGCCAGCAUCAUGGCAUGCCAUCCUCCCUCACACUGGACAGAGAUUCUUCCACCAUGGAAAACCACAUUAACUACUAAAAGUAUGAUCUUGACAAGGUGCCAGGCUACAGAAAAGUAUUUUCUGAGGCUCACCUUAGAAGAGAGCUGAA